AUGAGCGGUAACAACGCCGGCGUCCGGAACCUGCGGGCCAUGUUCGAGAACCAGAACGCCGCCUCCUCCUCUCCUGAGCCCCGCGGCCGUUCCCCAGCUGGCAGCGGCUCCGACGACGUCAACCGUCCCACGUCCAAAGUGCGCGCCUCCUUUGUGUCCGUUGAGCCCCACGCCAGCGGCGCUGCCAAAGACCUCGGCACCACGAAAGGGGUCAGCGUGAACACCCCUCAAGCUCAUCGCCGCGAAAGCUUCAGUGUUAGCGGCGAAUCAAACGACGUCGCAGAGUUGAAGCAGGCGAUUGGCGAAGAAAAAGAGGAGCGCAAGAAGAGCAUUGCUGUCGACGAGGCCAUCCCAGAGCAGGCUGUCGAGACGAGAGAAUCUUCCAGAGCACCGCCACCGGUUCGCGAAGCUGCAGGAGAGAUGACGAAUCUAGGAAGCAUCAUGAAGGGGUCAAACUUCCCGGAGCCUGAAGUUGAGGCUGUCCAGGCAGAGCAAUCUACGGACGAGGCGCCGACCGUGCAGCCCGGAGAAGCGCAAGCUGCACCUGUGGUGGAGGAGAAGCCAGCAGAGACUCAGGCUCCGGAUAUUCAGGCAGAGAACCCGGACAAGAUUGUGACGGGAGUUCAAGAGGAAGCUUCGCUCAAGCCUGCCGAUCCCACCGAUGAGGCUGCUGUGGCUGGAGGCGAAGCUCUGCCUCCCCCGGCCGAGGUCCUCUCCCAUCCCACCACAGCCGAGACCGCUCCACAAACGCCCAAGAUUACAGAAAACAAGGCCAAAGCCAACGAGACGCCCAGAACGAAUGGCAGAGCUUCGACCAGAAAACCCGCCGCCAUAUCGACCGCAAAGUCGCCUGCCCGUCCGGUCCGCGGUUCCAGCACCGCACGCAGUCCUCUGCCAAGGUCUCCUCUUCCCAAGACACCAACAGCCCCGAAGGCUACCCCUACUGCGACCGGAUCGAAGUCUACAACACCCGCGAAAAUUCAGCCCAAGGCCGCUGCCCCCAAGGAGACUACAAAACCCGUCGCUCCCAAAUUUGCAAGCCGUGCCCCUGCUAAGACCUCCGCCGCCACCGCCGGCACGACUGCAAGUGCGGCUACCAAAGCCAAACCUCCAGUUGCUGAAACUAAGAAGACGACCACUAAGGCAGCUUCUUCUGCACCUCCCGCUAAGAUCGGCACGACAACCUCUACAGGUGGAUUUGUAAAACCAAAGCCACGGUCGCCGACCCGACCAGUCCGGCUGCCGUCUCAUUUGACUGCCCCUACGGCUUCUUCCGCUGCGAAACAUGGAGAAGAAGCCGCUGAACAGAAGCCCACGCGCAAGCCCUCUACUGCCUCGAGACCGGCACCAAAAGCUGCCGCACCGGCCGCGAAGAAGCCGCCAUCUCGUGCGUCGUUGGCGCCAAGCACUGCGCCCGCAAAGCGACCCUCAUCUCGUGCUUCUACCACAGCGGGUGCAGGCGAUGGCUUCCUGGCUCGCAUGAUGCGCCCCACUACGGCCAGCGCCAGCAAGACCCAUGACAAACCCGAAUCGCCACCUCGUCAGAGGACCGUCGCCAAAGCAUCCACAAAGCCCAAGGCACCUGAAGGUUUGGCGACCAAGACCAAGAAGAAAGUCGAAGAAGUCGCAGCCAAGGCCAAGGAUGCCGUCACGAACGGCAAUCACGAGGAGAAGCAAGAGAAACACGAGGAGACAUCCCAGAUUGCGGAGAGCACGGCCACAGAACCCGCUGCUGAUAAUUCCACCGAGCUGGAGUCGGCACCUGUCGUCGAUCCCAAAGACACCGUUGUGGGGGCCGAAGAGCCCGUCAGCGACCUGGCUGCUGCUGAGGAGGCAGUACAGACUGAAACCCCUGUGAUGGACUCGGAAGCUCCAAAGGUCCAGGAGGAAGCUCUUUACAUCGACGCCGCAAGCCCAUCCACCACCAUCUCCGCUAACCAGGCCAAAUCUCUCAUUCGCCAACUCAUCGCCGGCUUCAAAAAAGCAGGUUUAAAGCCCGGUGACGCAGUCCUAAUUCACUCCUUCAAUAGCAUUUACUAUCCCAUCAUCGUCCUAGGGAUCAUAGGCGCAGGAUGCAUCUACACAGGCACAAAUCCCUCGUACACGCCCGCAGAACUCGAACACGCCAUCCGCACAUCCUCUGCAAAAUUCCUCCUCUCUGAGCCUGAACUUCUCCCCUCCCUCAGAGCCGCAGCAAAACAGCUCCAGCUCCCAAUCUCUAGAAUCCGCAUCCUGGAUUCUACGUCUGGGAGGCCAGAUCGCAUCACUGGGGAAUUUGCAUCCUGGCGCGAACUCCUGUCCCACGGCGAAGAAGAUUGGGUAUCCUUCGACGAUGAAUCGACAAGCAGAAAUACCACCGCCAUGCUCUGCUUUUCCAGCGGAACAACCGGCCUCCCCAAAGCAGCACAAAUCUCCCACCACAAUCUCAUAGCUCAACACACCAUCGGCUUCGAGCACUCCCCACGGCCGUACAGAAUCAAGCGUCUCGUCUUCCUCCCCAUGUUCCACGUCUCGACAGCCCCUAUGGUGCACACCUCCCCGCUCCGCGCCGGCCAUGUGCAGUACAUCAUGCGCAGAUGGGACAUCUCCUCUGUGCUAUCCCAUAUCCCUGGCUUCUCCAUCACCGACCUCGUCAUCGUGCCACCCAUGGUCACAGCCCUAGUCGCGCACCCCAUGCCCCCCUCUCAAAAACUCGCCGCACUGGACAGCCUGAAAUGCGUCAUCGCCGGUGCCGCACCGCUGGAUAAGGAAAUGCAAGCGCGAUGCCAAGCGCUUAUGCCGCCGGGCAUCUUCACGCAGAUAUGGGCCAUGACCGAAACGACGUGUCUCGCGUCGGCCUUUCCCUAUGGCGAACCCGACGACACGGGCUCCGUAGGACGCUUUCUUCCCAACCUAGAUAUCAAGCUCCUCGACGACGCUGGCGCCGACGUUACUGCCUACGGCGUGCGCGGCGAGUUGGCGGUCCGCGGGCCGACGGUGAUAAGGGGGUAUAUCGGUGUGCCGCGGGAGAGGGACUUUGACGCCGAGGGGUACUUUCGCACGGGGGAUAUUGUGUGGGGGGAUGAGCGGACGGGGAAGUGGUACGUUGUUGAUCGGAAGAAGGAGCUUAUCAAAGUUCGUGGAUUCCAAGUCGCGCCUGCGGAGAUUGAAGGGGUGCUUUUACAGCAUCCGCAUAUCCUUGAUGCAGCGGUCGUUGGGGUGCCGAGUCCGGAGGUGGGGAGCGAGAUGCCGAGGGCGUAUGUGGUUAGGAAGGGUGGGGGCGAGGGAUUGGAUGAAAGAGAGGUGGAAGCGUGGGUGGAGGAGAGGCUGGCGAAAUAUAAGAGGUUGGAAGGGGGUGUGAGGUUUGUGGAGGUGGGGGAGAUACCGAAGACGGCGAGUGGGAAGAUUAAGAAGAGGGAGAUGAGGGACAUGAUUAAAAGAGAAAUGGGUGCGAAGCUGUGA